UGAAUGCUGCGCGGAGGUCACUCCAGUCUGAGAGAGGGCACUGUUUUCACUGUCUCUGCAGCCGUUGAGAACAUGAACGAAGCAUCACGCAAGUCUCCGGAGGAGCAGAGAGCUGGCCAGCAGCAAGCCUCUAUAGCAGUGCGAGCCUUCAUCUACCUUCUGGCUGCGUUCCUGCUCGCUCAUAUGGUCUCAAGCGCUUUACUCUACGUCUACUUCUCAAUCAAACUGCAGAAGGUUCAGGACAUAAUGAACACGGAACCAGAAUCUAUGUUCCUGCAGAUUCUAAAAAAGUGUGAAAGUAAGGAUCAGAUCGAGAAGAACAAACAUUUCUGUGAAGGAGAAAGAUAUCGGUUCCAGCACUUCUUAAAGUACCUAGUGAACAACACUGAAGAACAUCACCAUGAAGGCCCAAGACAAGAAAUGCAGAUAGGGAAUCACCCUGCUCCAACAAUAGGCAGCAUCAUCAAACUUCAAAGGACAGCAGCUCACCUCAUCGCCACCAACCACCCCCACAACAGACCAGAGACCAACUUUCCCAAUGACAAAGGCAAGCCAAUAAAGCAAUGGAUGGCUGAAGGUUUCCCAGCUUUUACACACAAUAUAAACUAUACCAGUGGUAAGCUUGUUAUCACUGAGCCUGGCUUUUACUACGUUUACUGUCAGGUUAGUUUCCGACUGUCCAGCAACACGACUCUCCACUCAUCCAACGCCCCAUUUCUUCAGUACAUCUAUCUGCAAAGAAUGAAGGAGCAAACCACGCUACUCAUGAAGGCAUCGAAAACACCAGUCGAUAAAAAGCAAGCUGCUAGUUUCAACUCAAUCAAUCAAGGGGGUGUGUUUCAGCUGAAAACAGGAGAUAAACUGUUUGUGACUGUGACAGAUCCAGAGUUGCUCAGUUAUGACAGUGCCACUUACUUUGGUAUCUUUCAGCUUUAAUUCCUUCUGUUAAAACGUGACGUUAAGUCUACGGUCAGGUAGAAAGGCUCAGGUGUUUUGCCACUGGCUCAUUGUUUAGAACUGCAGAAUAUUUCACCGGGAAUCGCCAAUCCUAUAAUUAGCAACGAAGUACAUUCCAGUAACAACAGCAUUCCAAUUUUUCAACAUUCCCUAAUCACUCCUUUUACUAGCAGUGAUCCAAAUUGCCAAUGCCCCAUCAUAUUCCUCUUAGGAGCAUACAAAAAGUGCAGCAUUCGAAAAACAGUGCAAGAUCAAGAAUAACGAAGCUCAGCCUCCUACUCAACUGCUCCAGUGAAUUAUCCCUUUCAGUAAAAUGGUGCAAGAAACUGACAUUAAAGUGACUGUUCCUUGCACCAAUUGCCAAGUGAUAAUUUAGGCCUGAUUGUUAUCAGUUGACGCUAACCUACAGUCUGCCUUAGCAAAGCUCUGCAAUAAGUGACCAUUGGUCUGUGUACCUCAGGCUGUCAUAUCUGGUGUGGCGAACUGUGCACCCAGUUUCCGAGUCACCGGGAAUUCUCUCGUAAAUAAUCAUUACUGCUGUCUAAAUCCCCACGGUAGUGGGGUGGGGACGGAAUGUCAGAUGUUGCUAAUGAGCAGCUUGCUGGGUGGGGGGGGUGUAUUUUGUUCCACUUAUUAAUUUGUGAUUAAACUCGCACCCUUUAGCAAGGACUGCCUUCUGGCUGUAGAUGCUUGUCAAGUACAUCCUGUGUCUCGAUGCAGCAGCCUACAGCUUGUAAACAGAAAACCACAGCCCCAGUGCACUGAGGCAACGUUAGUUACAAGUGAGCUUUGUCUGAAUAUGCCCUCGUGUUCUUGUACGAAACAGUGAGCAGGUUAAAAAGAGAAAUGAAUGUUAGUGAGCUAAAACUGAAGGAAAGCUGAGGAGGUCUUCAUUGUAGUUGAAAAGUUCAUUCCAAGUGUGGGAGUAUCGUCAUUCUAGUAAAACCGUACCACAUUUGUAAUUGUUCAAAAAUGCAUUUGAUAUCUUAUUCUUAUUGCACACAUAAAGCAUCAGAUUUGAAAGGGCACAUGAAACGCCUCAGUAACUUAGCAGAUAAACAGUUUUAAAUAGGCUUAUUGUAUUCCAUUGUCCCUGUGAAGUGGUUUAGCAUUCGAAGUGAUGUAUCUUUGAUAAAGUGGAACUGAACCAUAGACACUCAGGAAGUGAAGCUUUAAAUCUUCUAAAUAAUGUGUUACCACUUCAGCAUUUCUUGCUAAACAAAAUUUUGUUAUUGCAGACUAAUUUUCCUCCCAGGUUUGCUACUGACUUUAUUCUACAUCAACAAAAUUUGACCAAACUUGUGCCAUAAUAACAAGUUCCGACUGCAGUUUCAGGAGUUUUUGUUCAGCUAUCUAUCACAAACCAAACUCUGCAAGUUCUAUGUCAGUGAUCUUAUACUCCUAUCAAGGAGCACACUCAUAGGAUGCAUUGGUCGGGUAAUGCACUUGGAAAUAGCUCGAGACCGUGCAGGGUUUUAUUUUUGCACAAGCACUAAUUAUUCCCGUUCCCCCUUGUCCUGUGAAAAGUGUGUCACACGGUAAUAGCUGGAAGUGUUACUGUGAGCUCCAUUCUGUCAUGAAUGUUCACAAGAAUGGCAUUCAGUCUCCAUGUGCAUUUCAGUGAAAAUGCUUUUUUUUGUAUUUUAUUUAUAUUCUGGAACAGGAUAAUUAAAUUGCACUUGUCAAGUUUUUAAUUACAAAAGCAGGUGAACACCUAUUUCUGUCUGUGUCUGUGAGGCUAGUUGUGUUUUUUUUGAGUGUAACUAGCAUUUUGUGCAGAACACAAAUCUCAAGCUACUACACUCCAAAAAAUAAUCACUUUAGAAAUGGUACGUUUUACCUGAUGUUAAUAAUAUUAAGCUAUUUAUUUGAUUCAA